UUUAGAAAAAAAUGAGUUCAGAACAGCCGCUUUGAUUGUUGCCUUUGUAUAUUUUUGUCUUCACAUCUCCUUUCUCAACUCAAUUCUUCUACAGCAAGUGGCUUUACAAUAAUGGGGUUUUGAGUUUCAAGUCAAAAGAUUCAAACUUUAUGCUUUGAUUUUGGUGAAAAGUGGGGUAUUUCGACAUGGGCACGAUGAAGCACACGGAUUUUGAUUGAAUUAUUAGUGGGAUUCUUGGGUUUCUGUAUACGGGGUGUUCCUUUGUAGAAAUCUUCUUGAUUGCCACUGUUUUCUUUUAUGGAUAAAUGAGCCUUUGACCUCUUCUUUGAGAAGGAUAAAGCUAGUGGAAGUUUAUUGUUUUCCUCCAAGAGGAUUGACAGAGAUUCAAAUUCUUGGUGAGUUCAAAGCAUUCAUCUUUUGCAACUUUAAUUAUCUCAUUUUGAUGAUUUUUACAUAUUGGUCUGUAGGCUGAUGUUGUAAGAAAUAGAGGUUGUCUUGGCAGACUUUGAUAAGAUUUGCAUAUUCUUUGAAUUUGAUAUCAUCUUCUGAGAGAUUUUGAGGGGUGAAUUUGGUGAUUUAAAUAAAAUAUGAUCAAACAGAUACUUAGUAAGAUUCCUAAGAAGAAUAUGAAAUCGGCUAGUGACUCGAGCUCCUCUUCAAAUUCUUCUAAUUCAAAGAGAAGUGAAGGAGGAAGUAAAAGAUUGAGUAGUGAGGUUGAUGGGGUUAUUUCAGCCCCUUUUUCUGCUAUGAGCAUUGGGAAUAAUUCAGAAGGUAACUUUCUUCGAGAUAAGAAUUUUAUGGUAAAUGGAAAUUUAGUUUCUGCUUCAUUCGAAGCAUUGCCAAGUUUUAGGGAUGUUCCCAGUUCUGAGAAGCAGAAUUUGUUUAUAAAAAAACUGAAGAUUUGUUGCAUUCAAUUCGACUUCACUGAUCCCACAAGGAACCUUAAAGAAAAAGAGAUCAAACGACAGACAUUGUUAGAGAUUGUGGAAUAUUUAACUUCUGCAAAUGUGAAAAUCUCGGAAACCAUAAUGCAAGAAGUUAUCAAGAUGGUGUCAGCUAAUAUAUUUAGGGAAAUUACUCAGCCACAGGAGAACAAGUUUGUAGAUGGUGUCGAUUUGGAAGAGGAAGGUCCUACAAUGGAUCCGGCAUGGACUCAUUUGCAAAUUGUGUAUGAAUUUUUGCUAAGGUUCAUUGCAUUACCAGAAACUGAUGCAAAGAUAGCUAAAAAAUACCUUGAUCAUUUCUUUGUCCUCAAACUGCUCGAUCUUUUUGACUCUGAAGAUCCCCGAGAGAGGGAAUACUUGAAAACCAUAUUACAUCGCAUCUAUGGGAAGUUUAUGGUACAUCGACCCUUUAUCCGAAAUGCUAUCAACAACAUAUUUUAUUGUUUUAUUUUUGAGAACGAAAAGCAUUAUGGCAUUGCUGAAUUUCUUGAGGUGCUUGGGAGUAUAAUUAAUGGAUUUGCUUUGCCACUGAAAGAAGAACAUAAACUCUUUUUAGUACGGACAUUAAUUCCCCUGCACAAACCCAAAAAUUUGUCAGUGUACCACCAGCAGCUAUCUUAUUGUGUUACACAAUUUUUAGAGAAAGACUGCAAGAUUGCUGAUACUGUUGUACGGGGACUUUUAAAGUACUGGCCAGUUACUAAUAGCUUGAAGGAAGUCUUGUUUCUUAAUGAGCUGGAGGAAGUUUUAGAAGUGACCCAGCCACCAGAAUUCCAACUAUGCAUUGUUCCGUUGUUUCGUCAAAUUUCUCAUUGCUUGAACAGUUUGCACUUUCAGGUUGCAGAGAGAGCUUUGUUCCUGUGGAACAACGAUCAUAUAGAGAACCUAAUCAAACAAAAUCGUGAAGUUAUACUGCCUAUUAUUUUCGCUGCUCUGGAGCAAAAUGCUAGACACCACUGGAAUCAGUCCGUCCACAGUUUGACACUUAAUGUGCGCAAGAUCUUUUACGAUCUCGACCCUGAUCUAUUUGAGGAGUCCUUGCUCAAGUUUCAGGAAGAUGAAUCAAAGGAAGGCGAACUCAAAGAGAGACAUGAAGCCACAUGGAAAUGCCUUGAAGAACUUGCUGCUGAAAGAGCUGCAAGUAAUGAAGCUGUGCUUGUUUCUUAGAGACAAGCGAGACUUCAUUUUUUUCUCUAUUUAUUUACGUUCGAAAGGAUGAUUAUUUUGUUUCUCGUUUUCAUUUCCCUUCUCCCUCUUUUUUCCAUCUCGAACAGGAGCUAUGGCUGCUGGCAUCACAUUUUAUUCUUUAGACAGGUCUUAUAAUUUCAGUUCCAUGGAUUAGCAAAUGAGCUUUUCAAAGAUUGUUGUUGAUUCAUAUAUAAUAGGUGUAACUUUAUAAAGGAGCAAGUCGGUCCCCAGUCUCUC